AUGUUUGUAUUAUUAGGAUAUGGUCAUAUUGCACCUACUACGCCACUAGGACAAGUGGCAUGCAUUUUCUACGCAAUUUUUGGCAUUCCGCUGUUUUUCCUGUAUUUAGCGAAGCUUGGUGCGCUAAUGGCUGCUCCAGUAAAACGAAUUUAUUGGACAAUCUCUUGCGCCAUCGCCAGGUGGCGUGAUCUCUUAUGUGGGUCACAGCAACUUCGACACAGAGAGCAAUGCGUCAAUAGCCGGAACUUAGAAGAUAGUGACGAAAAUGUCUCUACGUAUACCUAUGACGAGGAGAGUGAGUAUUCAAUCAGUCGUAGGGAAGAGUUAUACGGCGAACCAGGAACAACAAUUGAGCUAAAUCUGUUAAACCCAGUUGUUUCCACAACAGAAAACAAUACUUCACAAAAUAGUAUGUCAGAAACAACCAACACAACGCCGGAUUCGAUUUCUCUGAGCAAUGAAGCUAAUGGCGAGCAAAGCAGUUCACGGACUUAUCGUAUGUGCAAUAGUAAACAGGAAAACGUUGAUUUUGACGCAAUAGAGGUGCCGGUAAUAAUACUAACUAUAUUACUUGUCAUUUAUGUUUGUGUGUGUGCUGUGGUCUUCUCAGCAAUGGAACAAUGGACGUAUUUAGAAUCAGUUUAUUUUUGUGUUAUGACAUUUUCAACGAUAGGCUUCGGAGAUUACGUGCCACGAUACGAUCCCGGAAUUAAACACAUGUUUAUAGCAUUUUAUAUCGUCGUUGGUAUGGUUAUCAUGUCUGCUUGUAUCAACCUCUCGCAAGCCAGAAUCAACAAUUUUGCAAGGAUGGUGUUCAAUUGGGGUUGCAGUACACUUUCAUCUUCCAAUGACGUAAAUAAAGAUUAG